AUGACCAGAAAAGAUAAUGAAUGCGUUUCUUGGUUUGUCCAAUCAUUCUACAAACCAUAUACAGUUACAAUGGAACUUAGUGAAUCAAUCGUUGACCAAACGAGAGAUUCCAUGGCUCAGUAUAAAGUAUUGUUACAUGGCUUGAAACCGAACGAUAUCAUAUAUAGCACAAAUCCUGAAUUGUCUGUCAUACGAGAUGAAAGUCGACGAGGACAAUCUUCAUCGACACAACCAUCAAGUAAUCAAGAGGAUAUCACACCUAUGCAAGAAACUGACUAUCUCGAUUUGUAUAUUAAGCCGAUAGAAAAACCAAAUAAUCAGCGAUGUCCCAGAAACAACCCCGAUUUGUGUCACAAUUCGCCAAACGUCACGAGGAACUCGUCGUAUUUGGAUCUCACAAACAUCAUUGCUCUCACAAAACAUCAAUGUUUAAAUCAAUAUCUAUAUUCUUCCUCCAUUCUACAAACGCGAGAGUUUUCCCGAAUAAACAUACACGAAAUUAGUAUAUACCAAAACUGA